AUGGACAUGAAGGGAAGUAAUUUAGCAGUUGUGGUUAUGAUGUUCAUGAUGGUUUGCGUUGCUAUGGGCCAAUCUGUUGACCCUAACUUUGUUGAUUAUUAUUCGCUUGCUGAUGAUGUCACACCUUUUGAAAACUCUCCUCAUGUCGAUAAAAUUCCACCUCCUCAUCAAAACCCUAGACCUGUAAUCCCACCUUUUGAAACCGUAUCACCACCUAUGAUCAGAAUCCCUGUUGUCCCAAAAUCACCUCCUCCCACUUCUCAUCAUGUUCCUCCAAAACGCAACCCAUGUCUGAGAAAAUGCCACAGAAAAUGCAACGACAAUGACAAGUUGGUAGUUAGAAAAGCUUGCUUUGAGGCCUGCCCUGCCGAAUGCAAGAUUGAAGCUACAAUGUCUCUCAAAAAGUGUAUAAUUGCCUGCGUAAAAGCCAUACCCACAUAUCCUACCCCUGCUAUUGUUGCUGAAAAUAACUUCAAGGGCCAAUUGGAUUUCUGCUAUAAGAGGUGCAGCUCAAGAAUGAAGAUCAAUAAUUAG